AUGUUGUUUUCCGGGCCUGAUUCUUACAGCUGCAUCGGCAGAAGGCGGGCAACUACCAUGAGUAGGCACAAGGAGGAACUACACGUACGGAUUCAUAUGUUAUUGCUCCUCUUCCUUUUCCCGCCAGUCGUCUUUGUACUUUUCCUUGUACUAAUAUCCAGCUGCACGGGCGGUUUCUUUUCUCUGCAAGGCGCACGGGCCGUUUCGCUGCGCAGGGAAGCCACAUCAAGAACGCACCAAAAAAGAACGAGCCAGGCGGCAAACCUCCCCGCAGACCGUGCCGAGAGUGGCGGGGAGGGCGAGGGGAGCGGGUGGCAGCCGCAGGCCGAUGAAGGUCCUCCUUCCCGUAUGACAAUGAAUAGUGCCCCGGGACGACCCCCAGAAAUAAGUAUUUCGGAUGCGCAGUUUCCGAUUGGAAAGGUUUUGUCUUGCAUUCAGGAGCUACUGGUACUGAGGAGUCUACCUGAUCCAGAUUCCAGUACAUGAGAAGCGCAGCUGUUGCUGUGCCAUUUUGCAACGCAUCAAAUUUUUGCUAAUUCUGCACUGAAGACUUGCGACGCUGAUGCAUGCAAGAGGAGGACUGUUCUUAUUUCGAUUGGGAAAAAAUAUCUUUGCGCAGUCUGUUUGCAUUGGACGAACGUUCUGAAUGGGAAACGCUUCGAAGGAGCUUGGGGUAAGUACUAGGGGCGCUUUUCGAUAUGAUAAUACAGGGCGAUUACAACUCUACCAGCACGGCGAGCGACAGCACACGUGUCCGCGUAGAACCUCCUUCGUUGUUUUCGGAGGAGCUAGAACGCAUGAUAUCGUAAGGAAACAUCCCCCCUCCCCAUACUGAAAAGGUAUACUCCUAAAAAAAAUUGUAAUGCUGAUUUGUGACCACAAAUCCUGUCUCUCUUGCAAGAGAGCAAACCAACGCAAAGAAUCCGCCGACUUAUGCAGGCGAUUUGUAAUGUUGUUGCGGCUACAUGACAGGCCUCUGCUAUGCUAUAGCACCUACACCAAAGCAGUGCCUUGAAAGCACCACGCCAAAGCCUAAGCCUGUGCAGGGGUGCUUUGAAAGCACCCCUGCACAGGCUUAGGCUUUGCCUGCAGUGCCUCACUGCAAGGCGGAGCUGAUUUGUGUACUCAGAUCCAGCAACAGAAAUCUCCGUUUCAAUAUGGGGAGGGGGGAUUUUUCACUUUGAUACAUGACGGAAAUUGACUUUCGAGUACGCGCAGGAGAGGAACCGCCUCCAGGAACUGCGGCUCGUUUCUCUCCGUUGGUGUCCUCCAAGCUGGAUCGAAGAAAAGUCGACUUCGUUGGCCAUUUACGGAUUUAUGUAAAAAAACGCUUCGGACCGGCCAGCCUGCCACUGCUCGCACUACCCCUUGGCAGAAGCGUCUUGCAUUGGGCCAUCGAGGUCCAAAGAGGAUUACCAGUUGACCCAGCGCAGCACAAGCCUGUACCACGCAUUUCGGCGUCGCACGGUCACACUGGUACUGAUUUCCAACGAACGACCAGUGACAGUCGUCUUCUUAUCCUGUGUAAAGGCGCCGCGCCCAUACUUGUUAUGAAAAUCUUAGAUGUAGUUCUUGAUCUUGUACAACCCCCGGCAGCCUCUUUUGUCUAGCAAAUCUGAUUAAAUCAAAAUCUUCCAUCUUGAAUAUGAAUAUGCCGUGAGUGGUACUACGUUUUUACACAGGAUAGCUCUUUGGUACGCGGACUCCGAGGGUCAAUUUGCUUGGCAGUUUACUUUUUUUCGGCCGAGAGUCUCUGUUCGGAUGGGUCUCUAUAAUCAUGCGACCGUCGAGGAUCAUCUUCGGACGCGGGGGCAGAUGAGCUCUCUUCCUCUACUUCACAAACACAGAGAGCGGGGGUCCUCCAAUGAUACUUCUACCGGUGCUGGCGCCCCGCGGCCACAGCCCCGCCGAGCCACAAGCACGACGAGCGCAGGCCUGAAGAUAUCCAGUAUCAAAAUGAAAAAUCCCCCCUCCCCAUAUCAAAAUGGAAGUUCCUGAUGCUGAUUUGCAUACACAAAUCCGACUUGUCUUGCAGUAAGGCAUUGCGGCCACAUCCGCAGCCUAGCUGGGAGCGCUCAGGUGUAGUUGUGUAGCAUUGCAAACGGCCGCUACCCUCUAGGACCAACAGCAUGCCAAAUCGCUUCCACAAUUGGGCGGAUGCCUCUGCGCUUGUCUUCUUGCAAGACAGACCUGAUUUGUGGCCACAUAUCAGCAACACAAAUUUUCGGAAACAUACCUUUUCAAUAUGGGGAAGGGGGAUUUUUCCUGUCAAUAUCCAGCUUCUUUGAGCGCUCUGUUCAGUCGAUCGUUCAGAACUAUGCGCUCGAGGAGGUGCGCAGCCACCGCGAGGCGGCUUGCCAUGCGAUCUGGAGGGUAGAAAAUGAUGUUGAGAAAAGUAUCAACAGCACUCUUCCGGAGCCAAGCCCUCGUCCUGCUCCUGGCAUCGAGGUGCAUAUGUUGGGCUAUGAACAUGUUGCUGCUCUUGACGCUGCAUCUUCUACUUCACCGGAGAACAGGUUGGGAGUAAGGUUGUGA